AUGUUUACAGAGAAAAUCGCCAUCAACUCAAAUGCUUACCGGUACCUGCUGACGCCCCAGCGUUUCCAAAUUGAAACGGAGUUGACGCGCUUCCUGCGCUGCUGCUUCCAGUUCCGGAUCCACCGAAACUGUACACUGGAUUUUGCGCCGGAGGUAGCAGCAGAGCCAAAGCUCGGGACCGCUGAGCCAAAAGGAGCGGGAGUAGAACUGGAUCCAAAGCCGCUGAAGCUUGUGUUAGCAGAGCCAAACGCAGGAGUCGACGAGGAGCCACCAAAAGUGUUUGAAGCUCCGAAAGCCGGAGGUGCUGCUGCUGACGAGCCAAAAGAAGGUGCAGGCGCCGAAGAAGCUCCAAAGGAUGGAGUUGUGGACGUAGAAGUCGCUCCAAAAGCCGGAGGAGCGGAUCCACCAAACGCUGGUUUAGCACCUGAAGCUGCUCCAAAUGCUGGAGUUGAUGAGGAACCGAAUGACGGGGUUGCUGUUGAAGCUCCAAACGCUGGAGGCGCUGUCGUUGGUAUUGAGCCAAACGCUGGAGGCGCUGUUGUUGAUACUGACCCAAAUGCUGGAGGCGCUGUCGUUGGUACUGACCCAAAUGCUGGAGGCGCUGUUGUCGGUAUUGAACCAAACGCUGGAGGUGACGUUGUUGGUAUGGAUCCAAACGCUGGAGGUGUUGUUGUCGGUAUGGAUCCAAAUGCUGGAGGUGACGUCGUUGGUAUGGAUCCAAACGCUGGAGAAGUCGCCGAGGAGCCAAACGCUGACGUUGAUGAUGCUCCAAAUGCAGGAGGAGCAGUUGUUGCAGUUGUUGCAGGCGCAGCUCCAAACAUUGAUGAUGUAGAACCAAAUGCUGGAGUCGCAGUCGUUGUAGCUCCAAAUGCUGGUGGUGCUGUUGUAGCUGGUGCUGGUGCUCCAAAUGGAGAGCUUGUUGAUGAUGAACUGCCAAAUACUGCUGAUGUAUUUGGCAAAAGAGGAGUUUUAUUUUGUGUAAAUGAUGUAUUAGCCCCUCCAAAACCUGAAAAUCCAGCUGAUGAAGUUGAGGUACUUCCAAACGCGGGACUUGCCACGGUUGAAGAUCCAAAUGUUGGGGCUUUAGUAGCAGUAGCUGGAGUUGUGCUACCAAAACUGGCAGUUGUUGUAGUUUGA